AUGACACCACGAAGCUCCGUCUCAGUUUCUGUCUGCAUAACAAUCUUCUUCCACCAGUGUGCAAAAGUAGUCACAGUGUCUCCACCAGAUGCCCCCAUGGCCUCGGGGCUGUGGCUGUGCCAGCCUGCCUCCAGGUGUGGGGACCAGCUCUAUAACCCCUUGGAGCAAUGCUGUGAUGACGACACCAUCCUGCCUCUGAAUCGGACUCGCCUUUGUGGCCCCAACUGCACCUUCUGGCCCUGCUUUGAACUCUGCUGUCCUGAGUCCUUUGGCCCCCAGAAGUUUGUCGUGAAGUUGAAGGUCCUGGGCGUCAAGUCCCGGUGCUUCUCGUCCCCGAUCUCUAGAAACUGCCCCAGGUAA